UGUUCGGAGUUGGAAUAGUGACUGGCGAACUGUGUUCCGAGCAGGCGUAACCGCUCUCGGCGUUGUAGUCGCUCCUUAAUCACGCGCACACGAAUUAAUUUGGUCGGCUGGCAGACCGAGGUCGAAUAUUCGAAUCAGUCGUCCCGUUUUUCUCUCGUGUUUAAUCGUGGGCUCGUCGUAUUCUUCGCACUCCUCUGUUGUUCUGCGUCGUACACGUUCGUCAAUUUACAGUUUGUCGCUGCUUGUUAACCGUCCCCGCCGUGAUUGACUGUCGCGAAGGCCUUCUUUUCCGGAGCCGCCACAGACACGGCAGUGAAAAUGCGGUAGUGACAGUGGUAUACCAGAGACAGGGAGAAAAAGGGAAUCCCUGACUGCGUUUGUAGGCGCGAGGACGCCACGAGUUUACUCGAGAAAAUCGAAGUGAACGAAAUUAGGGGAGAGGCUCCUUGAAGCCAGGGCCAGAAGUUAUGACGAGCUCGUGUGUUCGAGGACGAGGAAUUUACGCGCAUGUGUCCAGUGGGAUUUAGUGUUGGAGAUAAAGCAUUUUUUCCAGAUCUGGAUACCUUGCUCUCGACACCUACGGGACCUGAAUUAUCUCAUGUCAGGAUGGCGCUGGCGCGACUUGCGGUGAGCGACUGUGCGCCUCAAACGUCGCGGGUCAGCUCAAACUUGCACAGCAGCAGUAGUAUGGCAGUAAGCCGUGUACCAAGCCCUCCACCACCGGAAGUGAACACCCCUGUUGCCGAAAAUUGGUGUUACACGCAGGUCUUAUGUGCACAGGUGAAGGUGGUUAAGUUCAGCUACAUGUGGACGAUAAAUAACUUCAGCUUUUGCCGGGAGGAAAUGGGAGAAGUGCUAAAGUCGUCCACCUUCUCAGCAGGGGCCAACGAUAAAUUAAAAUGGUGCCUAAGAGUGAAUCCUAAGGGUCUGGAUGAGGAGAGUAAAGACUACCUGUCUCUAUAUCUCCUUCUCGUUUCGUGCAACAAAUCCGAAGUCAGAGCAAAGUUCAAAUUUUCUAUUCUUAAUGCCAAAAGAGAAGAAACCAAAGCAAUGGAGAGCCAACGUGCUUACAGGUUCGUCCAAGGUAAAGAUUGGGGUUUUAAGAAGUUUAUUAGGAGAGAUUUCUUAUUGGAUGAAGCUAAUGGACUUUUACCCGAUGAUAAACUCACGAUAUUCUGUGAGGUCAGCGUAGUGGCGGACAGCGUGAAUAUUUCCGGACAAAGUAAUACUAUACAAUUCAAAGUUCCAGAAUGUCGAUUACCAGAUGACCUUGGGCUUCUGUUUGAAAACCAAAAAUUUAGCGACGUCACGCUGACAGUAUGUGGGAGGGAAUUUCAGGCGCACAAAGCCAUUCUCGCAGCGCGAAGUCCUGUUUUUUCGGCGAUGUUUGAACACGAGAUGGAAGAAAGGAAACAAAACCGUGUAGACAUUACCGAUGUGGACCAUGAAGUGUUACGAGAAAUGUUGCGAUUUAUAUACACCGGGAAAGCGGCGAAUUUAGAAAAGAUGGCCGAUGAUCUGUUAGCCGCGGCGGAUAAAUAUGCGUUAGAAAGGUUGAAGGUUAUGUGCGAAGAAGCGUUAUGCACGAGUUUAGCAAUCGAGAACGCAGCUGACAUUCUGAUUCUCGCUGAUCUUCAUAGCGCUGAUCAACUCAAGGCACAAGCCAUAGAUUUUAUUAAUACACAUGCAACAGACGUGAUGGACACAGCGGGUUUUAAGUCAAUGGUAAACUCUCAUCCGCAUCUUAUAGCGGAAGCGUUUCGGGCGUUAGCCACUCAACAAAUUCCACCGAUCGGACCGCCCAGAAAGCGAGUGAAACAAAGCUGAAAACAGUCACCGUUGACUCCGGGCACGACCUCCACAUCGCCCCCGCCUAUUCUGCAUCCCUCAUGACUUUUUUGUGUACAGUGAUACAAGUAGUGCUAAAUAAAUGUUUCCUAGUGCGCCAUCCUCUGGUUCACUUGAAAAGGAACUGCGACGAGAACUGUUCUUCAUGGUUUUCGACCUAUAAUGUACCGUUCAGGCAAGGUACAGUAUACAGCCGGUUCAAGCGAGUUCGAGGCGAGAAAUGCAGUUAACACAUGGCUAUAGACUUUAUUGUAAUUCGGUGAAAUCGUCGACGUUUGAAAAAGCCUAUCACAGAAAAGGAAAAGAAAGGCACGUGUACGCCGAUGGAAGGUAACUUGGAAACGAAUAAACCACGAUGCGUUUGUCUCAAUCUGCUUGGACGAAAUUUUUGGUACUUUGCAUUGUGCGUGAUGUUACAUUCUCGUGCGUGAGAGAGACAUGUGUUUUCAUCCAUCGACACCAUGUCAGCGAUUUGUCAAUGCGCAUCAUUAAGGUCUCGUAAUGGAUUUGCUUUCGUUUGUACAACGAGAAUAGCUGGAAAUGCGCGAACCAUCUAUGUAUUAUGAAAAAGACAUCAGAAGCAGUCAGAGGACCAAA